UAGAGUGGCGCAUGAGCAGAGAGUCACGGUCGAGGGCGUGCGGUGAGGCGGCGCGGGAGUGGGCGGGAGGUGAGCCCCCCCGCCAGGCAGCCAUGUGGCGGGGGGGCGCGGCGGGGGGCAGGUAGUGCGCAGCAUGACGCAUCUUCACGACCACGACAAUGAUGACAUUGAGCGGGAGCUCUACCAGCUCGGCCUCACUGACGUCCCGCCGCCCCCGCCGCCGGCCCUGCGGGGGGCGCUGCCCUCCGCGUGGCCGCCCGCGUCCUCCACCCGCAGCCGCUCCGCCCCCUCUAUCCAGGAGGACUCUCUCGUCGACCCGCCCCCCGUCCUGAUCAACCCCAGGCCGCUACCCCCAGGCCGCAACCCAGGCCCCCCACCCCAUGAACCCCUCACCGCCUUCACCAGCGUCGCCGGGGAUGUGGGCGGGCGGGGGCGGCUGGGCUUGUGGGGCGGCGCCCCCCCGCCCAUAUCUGGGCUGCACCACAGCCUUACCAAUCUGACGGGUGACAACCCUGGGCGCAACCACCCGCCGCCGCCGCCGCAGACCAAGCGCUCCCCCGCCGCGCUCUUUAAUGGUGGCCUCACCACCGCCGCCGCCGCCACCACCAGCGAGGAGGCGGCGGCGGCGCUGGCGGGGCUUCCGGUAUCGGCGUACACCACGGCGGCAGGCGUCGUGUGGACGCAAGAUCCCGGCGCCGUCCACUACCCCGUGUACGUCAUGCCGCAGGACUUCAACAAGCUGCCGCGGGGACCGCGCGACGCCUCACCGCGCACCGUCCUGGCGGAGGAGGACGAGGAGCGGCUGGCAGCGCUGGUGUCCAGUGUGGAGGCCGCGCUGCGCAGCAUCCACCUGGGACUGCAGGAAUCCUACAUCAUGUACGAGAAUCCUGAUGAUGAGGAGGAUCCCCCGCCCCCCCAGCCCGUCACCGCGUCCCUCAGGGACCCCCCGCCAUCCCCCGUCCCGCCGACCGAGCUCCCGGGGUCUCCGCCCCCACCCGCCAGCCCGCAGGGACCGCAUCCGCCCCCGGCGGGAGGGAUAGGUGGCGGCGCCCCUCGUUUGGUGGGUCCCGACAACGCUUCCCGUCUAUCCCGCCAGCUGGGAUUUAUUCCCAUCCAAGAGGGCGCCCCCCAGCCGCCUCAGCCGCCCCCCCGCCACGCUGACCACCACAAGCACCAACACCAUCUACGUAAACUCAGCAAGAAGGUCAAAAACCAUAAAUCAAAGGUGCUACUCUCCGGGCUGAUGGCCUGUCCUGGCCCUGGCUUCCGCCUCCUCAACAUCCACAGGGACUCCAAGUCUGGCCAAGGCUUCGGCUUCUCCAUCAAGGGCGGCCGCGAGGCAGAAAAAAAGAAUAUAGACACGAGGACAAAGGAAGGAAAGAGAGGAUACGCGAGGAGGGUAAUGAGACGGAAGAGAUACAGAGAGACAGUGGAUGAAAAGUGUGAGGGGAAAGACAAGACAUAA